CUCAAGACAUUGUGGUAGAUGUGUCUUGCGGCACAUUAAUGCUCAACACUUUCGGUGUGGAUAAGGAUUUUAGAACUCAGUUAUUCAUCGAUUUCUUGGGCAACCGAGGCGCCACUUACUCACAACUGGGUGGAGUGUCUUUGUUAGCGCAAAGAAAUUGGUGGCAGAUUCAAUGGGAUGAACAUUCUUCAAUUUUGCGUCCAGACAGAGUUUCACCUUGGGAAAUAGAGCCACUUGGGGAAGCAUCUCCUUCAAACCCCCAACCUCCACAAAGGAAUAAGCGUGCACGGCCACCAGUUUUACCUUUGCCAAACCAAGAUCUUUCUCCGCUUGGAUUGUGGAAAUCGCAACAUGUUAACUCUCCCUCUGCUUUUUCAUAUUGUGAUCCACUCCGUGGGCGAGACCUCUAUGUAUCACCCAAUUUCUCUUCUGGCACUAAGGCCAGCUCUUUCAGCUACAGUGAGAACAAUUCCUUGCCUCCUAUUUCCAGCAAGUCAACAUAUUGGUCUAAUCAAUUGGGGACCAUGGCAGAGUCUUUUGCACCCCUUGCGAACAUUGAAGCUACUGAAAAGAGACAGGCAAACAGAUGUAGGCUAUUUGGGAUUGAACUACUUGACCACUCCACAAUCGAAGAAACUUCAGCAGUGGUUGUGUCCAGAGCAGAGGUGGAGGAUCACCCAGCUCCAUCUAUGGAUACUGAAUCUGACCAGCAUUCUGAACCAUCAAAUAUUAAUAGAUCUGAUAUUCCUUCAAGUUGUGAGCCUGAAAGAUCAUGCCUGCAAUCUACUCAUGAAUCACAGAGCAGGCAAAUUCGGAGUUGCACUAAGGUUCACAUGGAAGGGACUGCUGUCUGGCGGGCAGUAGAUUUGACUCGGUUGGAUGGGUAUGAGGAUUUGCUGAUAAAACUGGAGGAGGUGUUUGACAUCAAAGGUGAACUUUGUGGAUCAUCAAAGAAAUGGCAGGUUGUCUACACCGAUGAUGAGGAUGACAUCAUGAUGGUGGGGGAUGAUCCUUGGCAUGAAUUCUGCAACAUGGUGAGAAAAAUUUUUAUCUACACAGCAGAGGAAGUCAAGAAGCUUUCACGCAAGACAAAACUUCAUGUUGAUGACGAGGGCUGAGCAAAAAAAGCCAGUUUCGGAUGCUGCUGUUGGCACUGAUAGAGCAGUCAUCAAAUGCGUGGUCUGGUUAUUGAUAUGCCCAUGUUGCUCACUUGUACUACUACCAAGCAGGGGGAGAACAUUGGGAAGAAAUCUAACAAAUGGGAUGAGUGAGUUUGAUAACCAUCCAUGAUUAUGUUUUAUUACAGAGUCUCAUCCAUGACAACUUGCCCAUGCUGGGAUGGCUGUGUGAGUCGUGCGACGUGGUGGUAAGGAGAAUGGUAAGACAACUCUCGAAGCGUGGUUGUUAAGUUCAUAUAUUUUCAUUGAAUGAAUUGGUGCCAUAAAGAUGAUUUGGUCAUAGUAUUAUAUUUAUUGCUUUGUUUGCUUGUUUGUUUAAGCCUGGGAGUGGUUCAAAAAAAGUGUCUACUCCACCAUUGCUUUUAAAAGAAGAGAUGGAGAAAACAUCUCUCUUUUACUCUUUUUUUUUUCUUUCCUUCAAGUUCUUAAUUUAUGCUGUUACAAUUGGCGUGUAUACAACUGUAUAUAUAAAAGGUCUUACUAGUGCACAAGACUCCCACCUUAUUUACCCAAAGACUAGUUUGUUUAAUACUUGAUAAUUAUCUGAUUGCUACCUACCCCCAAAACCCUAAUGUUUGUUGUACUCCAUGGGAACUAGAUUAUGCACAACAAUGCAAUGCAAACUGUGUCUCGAUAAAUUUGACUGUAUACAAUUAUAAAUGUG